CUCCAUUCAUCCGCUCCUCGAUCCUGUUGAGUCGCGAAUUGGAACCCACGGCAACACGCAAAGAAGGUGGGCAUCAAACCCUCCAUGAGAUAUCUCGCUUGUCGCCGCUUCUCGUCCUCCUCCUCCGCCGCCUCCGCUCUCCCCAUCCCUCACCGCUCCCUCGCCGACCCCCGCGGCUCCGACCAUGACUUCGUCGCCGUUGCCCACAGCCACCUUCUACGCGCCGAUUGGCCCGCCCUCGUCUCCCUCGCCCCCUCCCUCACGCCCUUCCGCACCGCGCACCUCCUCCUCCGCCUUCGCUGCGACCCUAUCCUCUCCCUCGAGUUCUACCGCUGGACCCUCCUCCACGGCACCCCCGCCUCCCACUCCCUCGACACCCACGCCAUCGUCCUCCACAUCCUCACCAAAUCCCGCCGUUUCAAGGCCGCCGAGUCCAUCUUCCGCCAGUCGUUGAUCCCCCGAACCCAGAACUCCACCUCGGAGCUCUUCGACGCGGUGCUUCGCACGUAUCGCCUCUGCGACUCGACGCCCGCCGUGUUCGACGCCAUGUUCAAGGCCUAUGCCCACGAGCGCAAGCUCAGGAAGGCCACCGAGACCUUCCGGCUGAUGCGGGACUACGGGUUCCUCCCCAAGAUCAAAUCUUGCAACGCCUUCUUGAGCUCGCUGCUCUAUCUGGGGCGGGCUGACGUCGCGCUGGCCUUCUACCGGGAGAUGCAUCGGUGUCGGAUCUCGCCGAACGUCUACACCCUAAACAUGGCCAUACGCGCGCUCUGUAACUCGGGGAAGCUGGAGAAGGCUCUCGACCUGUUCGAUAAAAUGGAAGGGAUGGGAUUCACUCCUACCGUUGCUUCCUUCAAUACCUUGAUCGAUGCUCAAUGCAAAAAUGGAGUCACGGGGCAUGCUGUGAAGCUCAAGAACACAAUGGCCGGUAAAGGUUUGGAGCCGAACGUGAUCACCUACAAUACUCUCAUCCAUGGGUUCUGUAAGGAAAGCAAGUUGCAUGAGGCUAACAGGGUUUUCCAGGAGAUGAAAGCCGCCGAGGUGAGGCCGAACACGGUGACCUACAACACUUUGAUAAAUGGUUAUAGUCAGAUGAACAACAGCGAGAUGGGCUCGAGGCUCUAUGAGGAGAUGGUAAAAGAUGGUAUUGAGGUCGACAUUGUAACGUACAAUGCUCUUAUAUUGGGGCUUUGCAAUGAAGGGAAGACAAAGAAGGCCGCCCAUGUAGUGAAGGUGCUCGAUCAAAAGAAUUUUGUCCCAAAUGCGUCGACUUUUGCUGCUCUCAUUACUGGACAAUGCAAGAGGCAAAACUCUGAGCGGGCACUUGAUAUUUACAAGGCCAUGAAGAGAAGCGGGUGUACUCCAAACAAUGAUACAUUUAGGCUGUUGAUAUAUACCUUCUGCAAGAACAAGGACUAUGAAGGCGCGGUUGAGUUGUUGAAGGAAAUGUUGGGGAGAUAUAUGGCACCUGAUGAGACUCUGCUUACUGAGGUUUUCGAGGGGAUUUAUAGCUCUGGAAAGACCCACCUGGUUACUGAAUUGCACUUAGAUGUUGUUGGGACAAGACUUAUUCCUGAAGUUUAUUUCAAAAAUGAACACACAACUAAGUUGCUGGAUAUAUCAGAUACUGAAGCACAGAAGAUGUGUAUGGGAUAAAGAAGUGGAACAAAUUUGCUUGGUUGAGAAGAGAUUUACAGCUACUUGGCCCAACAUCUUAUAAUUUUCGAUGAUUUCUCGAAGAUAUUUGGUGAUGAUGAUACAUACAUGGAGUUUUUCUGUGGACUUGAUAGUUUGAUAUUGCCACAUCUUAUGUCGUAGACUCUAACAGCCUACAUGAGGAGGUGAGUUAUAUAUCAUGGUUGGAGAAGAAAAAACUUGUUCAAUGCUCAGAUCCUGGUCAAUUUGUUUUCUGAGGUGUUCAUUUCAAGCAAGAUGUGUUCAGGAGCAGGGAGCAAAGCUAUAAGCAGCAACGAUAAAUGUCAUUGUUGCAGCAAGAUUUGAAUUGACCAUCCUCUGAUGAAAGCUUGUUCUUACACAUCUUUCUGGACAAAGAAUAUUAUUUGCUGCAAAGCAAGAAUUCUAUCAUUGUUCUGGCUAGGCCGCUAGAGUAGAAUCAGCUUGUGAUUUGAGACAAGCUUGUUCAUAAAAUCUGUCUGGAAAUAAUGUAUGAUUUGCUUCUGUGCAAGAUUUUCAGCUAGCUUCAGGAAUUUCAUUAGAGUUGGAACACGUGAAAAUAAACGCUGGAAGUCUACGAAGGACCUUUGGUGAAGGCCAAGAAGUUGCGACUUCAAAGGAGGAAACUGCCUGGAAAGGAACGUAAAAUCCCCUUCAUGUUUGAUCCCUACAUGGAAGUGAUUGUUUCUAGCUAAAUUAAGGGGAAAGCAAAGUAGCACAUAGGAGAAUUCAGGUUUGAGGAAACAGUAAGGUUUAAAAGGUAUGUUGGAAGCAAGUUUACAUGUGUAUAUUAUUUGUGUACUUGUAGGUGUACUUAAGCAUAUAUGUAUUCUUCAUCAAACACAAAUGACAACACUUGUUUUGCGCUAGGAGAAGACGAGUGAAAAAUGAUAAGCAACCUUUUUUUCUCUAACAAUCUUUUCUUAUUUUGUUUGCAUUCAGCCACUUACACAAGUCAUAAGCUUUUGAACUAUUUCCGUGGAGUGUGCCAUAUUUCUCAAUUUAUAUAAUAUGGAUUAGGAUGGACGAAAUUAUGAUUCCAACUAUGAGCAUGUAUGACACAAAUGCUAUUAAUCAUGAUCCGCAUCAAGAUUUGAAAUUGCAUAGAUUGUAAAGCAGGUGCAUCAGGACACAUACAAGAUUCUUGCUACCUAGUUUACUACAUCAGGAGAUAUUAUGCCUAAGCAAGCUUAUGAGUCCUGAUUCACUCCUUUGUUUUGCUCCUCUUAACUGAGUCUCAGAAUUCUGUAUCUAUUCAUGACACCUAAUCCAAACAGGAAGGAAAGAUGUUUUCAUUUCCUUUUCCUACAAUCCAGACAACUUUUUUUUGUUUUCCAUGGAAAAAAAGGUUUUUCACCAUCCUUUUUCUGGCAACCAAUUGAACCCUAAGAUUAUGUGGACUGCACAUCUCCAUCCAUAAAACUAAAAUGGCAGAAAUACAGUCUCAUGUUCAUGUGCAUAUGUAAGUGUUGCAAAUCUUUGUUGAUAUAUUUCAGAUAUCUAACAAUGGAUGAACUGAAAAAUUCUAAUUCAAGGGAAAUUUAAUUUAAGGGCAUUAAAAGAAUUUUAGCAUUUAGUUCUUUCUUCCCUUGGAAAUGUGCUACUGGAUUUUGUCAGCUGGAUGUUAUCUAAGAAGUGGUUUGUACCAAGGUUCACAGUACAGUUUCAGACCAAUACUGUACAGGUCCAUACCAGCGUAUUGAGUGUUGGUACAUCAAUACCUGCCAAAUUUUGAGAAAUACUGAAAAAUAUUUAAAAGGAAACAAAAAAAACUCUGGUACAGGGCCUGCACUAUCCUGUACUGGAGGCAUCAUGUGGUUUACCUUGUCCAUGUAUUGGUAAGAUAUUGGACUGGUAAACACCAUACAUACCAUACCAUACCGAUGGUAGCGCAAAUCUUCAUUUAUACCACAUGUAUAUAAAUCUUCAUAUAUAUAUGUAUAUAUAUAUAUAUAUAUAUACCUUCCAAUUGCACCAUAUCAUGAUAUCAACCACAUCUUUUUCUGAAUAGUAGGACAACAUCUCAGUGUUUUUUAUUCUUUAUUC